AUGGCUCGAAGAUUCACAACAGAGGAAAAAGGCAAAGCUUCUGCAAACAUCCCCUCAGGCCCUCCUAGGCUUCGAAUGCGUGCUCCGGAUUUCGACCCUGCUGAGCUCAUCAAAGAUAACCUUCUCACUCUGGUGGGACGCCUAACCAACCCAAGAGAACAGAAGAUGAGCUCUGUUCUACCUUAUCUGGCUAAGACCUGGAACUUGGUGGGCGCUUCCGCAGGUUCAGACCUUGGCAACGGUUGUUUUCAAUUCCGUCUCAACACGGAGGAGGACAUACGCAAGGUACUCCACAACAGACCAUACCAAUAUGGACGUUGGAUGAUUAUAGUCCAAAGAUGGGAACCGAUAAUCUCUCAUAGCUUCCCCUUCCAGAUACCUUUCUGGAUCUCGCUUCGGGGUAUACCUCUUCACUACUGGCAUGAAAAAGUUGUCAGUAAUAUAGGCAUGGAGUUAGGAGAACUCGAAACCUACGAGGUUACCAAAACUUCAGCUCGAGUCAGAGUCAGGGUAGACGGCCUAAAACCCUUGAUUAUGGAGGCAGCAAUGGACUUUAACUCGGGAGAAGAAAGCAUCAUCUCCCUAGACUACGAAAAAUUGGGAAACCACUGCUCAUUCUGCUACAGACUAUCACAUCUUCGGUCACAUUGUCCAGAGAGACCCCCUCCGCUUGUCGCAAGAACAAGAACAGACAUAGUAGAACAGCCACCCUCCUAUCGUCAGGAACCAGUUAGUAGUCCCCCAAGAGCUUCUCAGGAUGCUAGAGGCCGUGCAGUUUCUCAAAACAGACCCUUUCAACAGAGAUUAGACCGUCACGGGAGGCCUUUUGGUGACAGAGUCUCAUCUGCAGCUCUACGCCCACCAGGACCGAAAAACAAAAUCGCACCUCGCUCUUCACUGGAACGUGAGAAGACGCCUACAUCUGAACAACGGGAGCCAGUCUACACCUAUCCUCCUUACACAAGACGCAGACUUAACAGCCCGGGUGGAGAUCGAGCCGGAGAAACUCGCAGAGAAAUGGGUCGACAUUCUCCUAUACUCCAAUGGAGGCCCAAAUCUCCAAUAUUGAAUCAGGAAACCACUCCACCGAGUGCUCAAAACAACAUUGCUUCUGUGGGACGUAACCUGGAGGCUACUGAUUUCCCACUUCUCCCUACAGUGCCCUCUAGGGAAGAAGUAAUGGAAGAUCUCAGAGUCGCCACUUUACAAUAUAUGAAUUGUUCAGACCCGACAGAAAGAGAAGCUAGAAAGCAACGGGUGAUGCAAAGUGAACUGAAUGGAGAAGUGGAAGAAGCAGCUAAUCAUAUCCUACAAGCCUCAACCUCGGCUGCAAUGUCGUGCCUAGCUCCGAACACUACUGCAGUCUACUCUGAGAUGAUUCCUGUAGAAGAAACAGUUAUCACAGCAACUGAACCCCCCAUCAGGAAAAGGGGACGGCCCGCCAAGCAAAAGGAACCUAGAAUGUCCCCGAGACUCAGCCCGAAGACUUUCUCGGGUAUGGGUUCCAAGAAGAAGAAUUUGGCUCGUCUUCAAGCUUCUCCAGGUUCCUCCUCGAGACAGUCAAGAUCAUCGAGACCCACUACAGGACAGAACAGGACUACAGCAGCCUCAAACGCUCCUCCGAUAGUCUUAAUACCGGCAAUCUCGAGACAGCAGACGGAUUUUCCUCUGCUAACUCCCGAUCUUCCUUAG